UCAUUGUUUGCCAGCUCUUGUCGGGCAAGCUAGGGUUUUUGCUGCGCCUCUGUCUCUCUCGCGCGCUCCCCUCCCCUCCCCUCCGCUCCCGAUCUAGGGUUUUAUUCAGCCCCUUAUCUUCCGCAAUCCUUCGGUCCACGGAAGUUACUGUCGUCAUGGACGCACGCAAGAGGGCGAGGGCGGACGGAACCACCAACGGGGGCAGCGGCGCCACCGGUCCGAAGCGGAUCAGAGAAACGGACUCGAAUCCAUCUGGUCUAGGAAGCAAAUCGAAGCCAUGCACCAAGUUUUUCAGCACUGCUGGGUGCCCAUUUGGUGAAGGGUGUCAUUUCCUGCACUAUGUACCUGGAGGCAUUGCUGCUGUUUCACAGAUGACCAAUUUGGGCAACCCGACAGUCGCUGCUGCCAGAAAUCUUAUGCCUCCUUCAACAAUCCCCAAUGGUCUGCCCUCUUCUGCUGUAAAGACGCGCAUGUGCAACAAGUAUAAUACUGCUGAUGGUUGCAAAUUUGGGGAGAAGUGCCAUUUUGCACAUGGGGAAUGGGAGCUUGGAAAACCUAUUAUUCCAUCCCAUGAUGGCCAUAUGGCACCCUCAAUGGGUGGAAGAUUUGCAGCCAACAUGGAACCGCCUCAGCCGACUGGCCUUGCUGCUGCAACAAGCUUUGGUGCCUCAGCCACAGCAAAAAUUAGUGUUGAUGCUUCUCUUGCAGGUGCCAUUAUCGGUAAGGGUGGGAUGAACACCAAGCAGAUUUGCCGCAUUACAGGCGUUAAGCUGGCAAUUAGGGAGCAUGAGUCAGACCCCAACUUGAGGAACAUUGAGCUGGAGGGAACAUUUGAUCAAAUCAAACAUGCCAGUUCCAUGGUGAGAGAACUCAUCGUUAAUGUUAGUUCUGCCACAUCGCUACCACCAAAGACUUCUGCUGCAGGAGCCCCAAAUGCUUUGGGCAGUAACUACAAGACAAAGCUAUGUGAUAAUUUUACCAAAGGCUCGUGCACAUUUGGUGAUCGAUGCCACUUCGCCCAUGGGGCGAGUGAACUGCGCAAGACUGUUCUGUGAAAUGCUCUCUAGUAAAUCUCUCUUUUAAACGGUUCCUAUUAGCCCUUGUUGGUUGCCUUUGCAUUGAGAUCAGACUCACCACCACCUUGUUAGUGUUUUCCUCCUGUGCUGUAGUUGUUCUAUAGCAGAGAAUGACUUAAGAGACCUGUAGUACUCAUAACUUUAGAGCAUUUAGUUCUAAAGAAGCUGGUUUUUUUCUAUUUUGCUCAGUUGUUGGAAUAGACCUGCUAAAGCUGUUUGGUAUUAACUAAAUGUCUACUGAGAUGCUGCUACAGCUUUUC